GCUCUUUACCCUCUCUACCUACUUAUUCUCUUUACUUCAUAUUUCAAAGUCACAGCCCUACCACGACAGCUACUUUUACGAAAGCUGCACUUUACAACUUGAAAUUGGCCCCUAAACACUAUAACAAAGAAACAUGUCGUAGAAUCUGGAAUUCCGACUUUCCACACGCCACACUCGACACUUGACACCUAUAGAAAACCUAGCUGUGAAUUCACGUCGUUUAGGUGGGCUUCGCUGACGCAAUCUGUUCUUUACUUACCUAUUACUUACCUAUUACGUACCUACAUAGGUACUGACCGAAUUCACAUCCUAAUAAAAUACUCUGAUCUGAAUUUCACCAUAGAAUUCUUUAUAGAAUUCUUUGAAUAGAGUCCUGGAGUUAUGGAUUUACGAAACAACCUCUUUGGCAGAGGCCCCCGUUCUGGUCUGCCCGCCCGCCAGGGUCAAGAACAAGGUGGCUACAGCCAAGUCCCUCAGAACCGACCACCACCACCCCGGGAUUAUAACGGCCCUCCCGAAUAUGAUCCGAGAGGUGCCUACGGUGCGCCAUCGCCAGGUUAUGGAGGAAGCAACAUGCCGCCCCAACAAAGAAACACCCGACCGAGUGCUCCUCCGGGUCGAGCGGUCCAACUUCGAUUGGCAAAAUUGGAUAAGGGUGAUUUAGCACAACAAUACAUCUUCAGCAACCUUUGCGCCGUUUCCCCCCAAGAUUUUCCUCCUGAUCCACAGGGAAGGGACGUACACAUACUCUUGAAUGGAAAAUUUGUCGUAACCGCCCGCCCGACCGAGUAUAUUCCACCUGGAUGUAUCAGCCUGUCCGAUCCUCAGCGAACAUGGUGUGGUAUUAGCAUGACAGACGUUGUGGUGGGUGAACGAUUUGGCGAGAAGGUCCCCCUGAGCGCGAUGGACAUUGAAGCUGGAUUCGCAUCCUCGCGCAAGAUAACCGACGUCCCAUAUGAUCAAGAUGAGCUCGCAGACUAUUUCAUCAAGAUGUUCCAGGGUCAAAUCUUUGCGCCGGGCCAAAGACUAUUGAUGGAUUAUAAGGGGAUACCGUUGAUGUUUAUCGUCAAGACAGUUCAGUUGCUCGAGCUCCUUGGAAGCGAGAAGGAUCAUGCUACGGAAGCGUCUUCGAGGCCGGAUGCCCGAGGUCUACUGGUCGCCAACACAUCCGAGAUUAACUUUUUCAAAGACGCCAAAUCCCCCAUCAAGCUAAAAGGUUCAACGAAACGACCUGCUACUAAUGCUAUCCUUCGACCGGAUUUCAAGUUUGCCGACAUGGGCAUUGGAGGCUUAGAUGACGAAUUUAGCACCAUUUUCCGACGUGCCUUUGCAUCUCGAGUUUUCCCUCCAGGCUUAGUAGAGCAGAUGGGAAUAUCCCACGUCAAGGGUGUCCUUCUUUACGGUCCUCCGGGAACAGGCAAAACGUUGAUUGCUAGACAAAUCGGCAAGAUGCUGAAUGCCAGGGAACCCAAGAUUAUCAACGGUCCGGAAAUUUUGAACAAGUAUGUUGGUCAGUCAGAGGAGAACGUCAGAAAAAUGUUUGCGGACGCGGAGAAGGAAUAUAAGGAGAAGGGAGAAGAGAGUGGCUUACACAUCAUUAUUUUUGACGAGCUGGAUGCUGUCUGCAAGCAGAGAGGCAGCGGAUCAGGGGGUACAGGUGUGGGUGACAGUGUAGUCAACCAGCUUCUAUCUAAGCUUGACGGAGUGGAUCAACUCAACAACAUCUUGCUUAUUGGCAUGACCAACCGGAAGGACAUGAUUGACGACGCAUUAUUACGACCAGGACGUCUUGAAGUGCACGUGGAGAUUUCCUUGCCCGACGAACACGGCCGCAUACAAAUCCUAAACAUCCACACCUCCAAAAUCCGGGCCAUCAACAAGCUUGGUGACGAUGUUAGCUUGGAUGAACUGGCGCAUUUGACCAAAAACUAUUCAGGUGCAGAGAUUGCCGGUCUUGUAAAAGCGGCUCUAUCCUAUGCUUUUACCCGACACACGAAGCUCGGAGAUGUCACUGGCGUUAGCGGUAACCCUCAAGAUGUUAUGCUGACGCGAGCCGAUUUCAUGAGAGCACUCGAAGACGUCAAGCCGGCCUUUGGUAUUUCUGAGGAAGAGUUGAAUAACGCAGCACCAUAUGGGAUCACGGAUUUCAGCCCACAUAUUCAAUCAAUUCUUUCUACGGGUCUCAGCUUCGUUCAAGCAGUUCGCACUUCGGAAAAGUCACCCCUAUUUUCUGUCUUAGUUCACGGUCCCCACGGAGCUGGAAAGACUGCUUUGGCGGCUGAGAUUGGACUGAAAUCCGAGUUUCCUUUUGUGAAACUCAUCAGACCUAUCGACGUGGGUACCACCGAAGGUGCUAAGCUCGAAUUUCUACGACGCGCGUUCUCCGAUGCUUACAAAUCCGCUCUAUCCAUUGUGAUUCUUGACAGCGUUGAGAAGAUCAUUGAUUGGAACCCUAUUGGAAUGAGAUACUCUAACGCCGUCGUACAGUACUUGGGCGCUGUGCUCGAGACUCGACCACCCAAGAAUCGUAGGCUUCUUAUCAUUGCUACAACAAGUCAGCGGUCUAUGCUCGAUCAGCACGGCGUAUUCGCUUGGGAUAGAGAGAUUGCCGUGCCUGCUGUCAAGAACCACCGCGAGCUUCAGUCCAUUUUGGCGGCUUCAGGAAAGUUCAAUGGACAGACUGAUAUCAAUGAAGCUCUUAACGAGCUACAGAGUAUCACAGGAACCCAGGAUGUUGGCAUAGGUGUCAAGGCAAUAUUCUCGGCGCUAGAAACGGCGUCUGUAAGAGAUCCGCUACCAACUAGUCUGGCGGAGGAUAUCAGCGCCAUCAUGGCCGCGCGAAACCCACAGGAGUACUGAUUGUACAUACGGCCUAGAUUUGCUUAUGCUAGAAUAUAGAUGACCAGAGUAUAAUUUCUGGUGGCUACCUGAGACCUAGCACGUAUGAUUUACGAGUAUGCAGUGAUUGUGAUGCAUAUCGUUUCAGUGAUGAGGGUUACGUGUUACGAGCAUCUUAUGUUAGCAGGAGGGACUAUGUAUUUCUCGGAUUUUGUAUACGUCCUGACGUCCGACCCGAGGCGGUGGGUAAAAUAAGUGAGACAAACUGCUGUGUGAUGACGAGGGGAUUGCGUACUGAUGCAUAAGUAUGAAGUAACACCGUUGG